AUGCCUACCAAAACCAAGCACAUCCCCAUUCUCCCACGUCCAAAAUGGCUCGAUGCGGCAGGAAUGGGCAAAGGCAUUGACCAUGACCGCCAGCAUCUGAGCAUCGUCCUUGCCGCAGGUCAAACUAUCAAGGCUCGUCAAACCAAUACUGAAUUCACUCGCGAGCUCACUCUGCGCUUGCUGAACGACGAUAAUCAAACAGAGGCUUCCAAGAAAGUGGGUAGCGACUGGACCGAGCUGACUGCGAGUGUUGUCUCUGUACCAUUCAUUGACACGCCGUAUAUUGAUGGCUCAAAUACCACUGUGGAGCCAGUGAUUGAAUAUGAAUAUCCAGACGGUUCGAAGCAACUGCCCGUGUAUCGCAAGGGACAAAGCCAGACCGACUUCUUCAAUCACUGGGAUAAUCAGGGGUCGGAGUUUGCGCUUCUUGACUCCAGCUACACCCAAGUUCUCGUACCCGUGAUUGAUAAGGAGGCACUGAGACAUCCGCGGGAGGUGGACGAUAUUGACGGGUUGAUCGGAUACUAUGAAUCAGUUUUCUCGUUUUACAAUGCCUUGGCUGGGUUAUCGUUUGAACCAGAGCAUCCUUCUGAUCUGAACAGUACCAAUCGUUACUUCAUGAAGGCUGAUAAACACGGAGCUGGCGGGGCGUAUUACGGCCAGAACUGGACUGCAGCAUCGACUAAUGCAAUCAAGGAGUGGUGGUUACUGCCGUCUCCGAGCAACUGGGGCAAUCUACACGAGAUCGGACACGGCUAUCAGAUGUCGUUCCGCAAUGACCGAUAUUUCUGGAACGGGGAAGUGUCCAACAACGUUUAUGCCGCUGUAUAUCAGAGCGCUUACCUAGGUGACCGCAAGUAUAAGGAAGGUUGGCUUUAUAACUAUGGCAAGCAAGCGCAGGUUGAGCAAGGUAUCAUUGAUGACAUCACGUCGCACAAGUCUCUCAAUGACUGGGAUCUUCGCGCGAAGCUAUACUUCCUCGUCUUGAUGGUGGAAAAGGCAGGUGCCGACUCCUUUGCUGACUUCAGCCAGCAAUAUCGCCUGGUGAGCAACCAACCACAUUUCGAUUCCACUGAUCAUUUGCUUCUGGAUAUGCUCUCUGAGAGCUUCUCCCGUAUUGGACACAUUGAUGUAACGCCGUUUGUGGAGCUAUGCAAUGGAUACAUCUCGCCAGUACAGCGUGAGCUCAACCAGUUCGGUCAGGGCAGAGCCGUUUAUCCUCUUAAUCAGCUUGUCGAUGGAGAUACCUUGACGAAACUCCAGGAGCAGCUGAAAUUGCAAAGUCCUCUCACCUUGGUCAACGUCUCGCAAUUGCUCGCUAGUGGGAUCAAAGGUGAUGUCACCCUCGAGCUCAAGAUCGACAACUUCAGUCAAAUUUACGGGAAGACUCUUACAGUGCUGGAUGGCUCCCGCUAUGUCCGCCAGGUCCCUAUUGAGACCGAGGAUAUAGCCCUUAGAGCUCUGCCUAUCGGUGUAUAUACAUUGCGUCUCCCACUGGGACGGAACAAUAAGUACCAGGUGGAUCAACGGUAUCUUGUUGUCAAGCCUGGAUCAGCUCAGGUGCAAGUAAACUUUGUCCCACAAACCGGGUCUCAGGUGACCAACCAAGCGAUCAAGCUGCUAGGUCUCGGGGACGAUUUGUUCAGCACCAUACUAGUCGACCAAGCAAAUCAUGUCGUCCAAGUAGCCGUGACUAACAAAGACCCACAUUCCUACUUUGGCAAUGAAACAUACGCAGAAGUCGUCAUUAAAGAUAACACCGGCAAGGAGCAGUUCCGCGCAACAAUGCCAGGAGUUGGGGCAACACUACGUGAUGACCAAAUACCUUUCAAGCCGGGCUACACCCUCGAGGUCUAUCAUGCGGAGCCUAGCCACCGCAUUCAGCUAAGACCAGACUUUGACGGAGUAAUCGACCACAGCCAAAAGACGAAUAUCUUCGAGAUAACCUCCAGUGGUCUGAAGAACCAGUCACUCAAUAACGACCCACUGGCUGCCUUGUUAGCGCGGAUACAAGCGGCGGCAACUGCGCUGCGGAGCCACCCUACUCUACUACACGCUGACUGUCCUAGCAAGAUGGAAAUUUGGCUCGCCAUCGACCAAUUUACUGGCUCUCAACGUGACGACCUGCUGAAACAAUAUUCCGACUGCAUACCAUCCGACAAUAAUGCACCCAGCGAAGGGCUCGGCAAUUCCUUCACAGCUGCAUUCAAAGGCAUCGGGGAUUGGCAGUUCCUGACAGCAGAGUUAGAUCUAGUUGGCCGGAAGCUGACUGUAGCUUUAAGGGACGGUGUGGCUCAUCACUAUUUCAACGAUACGUACGCCUCCUUGCAGGUUCUAGAUGCUGAUGGUAACGAGCUGUUGAAUCUGGAUGUUAAGGGCAGCACAUCUCAGACGGCAAAAAGCUGGGCUUUGCCUAUUUCUGGAUACGGGGGAGAGGUGCUCAACAUCCGUCAUGAGGAAGCGCCGACCCGCCUAUUCAUUAAUAACAACAUGCGAGACCUUCGCUUGUCUGAUCGUGAAACAAGGCAGAACUACCGCGUCACCUCCACAGGGCUCGAGCUGAUUACAAAAACCUGA